AUGUCGACCAGCCGCAGAUUCAAGAGUCAUGGCAUGAGGAGGGGCAAGAACCGAGCUCCUCACAAGGGAGUCAAGAGAGGUGGCAGCAAAAGAAAAUACCGGAAGGGCAGUCUGAAGAGUAGAAAACGGGGAGAUGACUCCAAUCGCCAUUACCGCUCCCACUUGUGAUGCCACCUGCGGGCUCUGUCCUGGUGGACUUCACACAAUGCCAGGCAGCGACGAGAGGAUG